AUGGCGAGCAAAGUAUUGUUGGACGACAUGGAGCCUUGGCUGGACCUUCAAGGGAAGGUGGUGAUGGUGACCGGCGCCUCCUCUGGUCUAAGUCGCGACUUUUGUGUCGAUCUCGCUAUAGUCGGUUGUCGCGUCGUAGCUGCCGCUCGUCGCGUUGAUCGCCUUAAGUCCCUGAGUGACGAAAUUAAAAGCCUUGCUCUGUCAACUUCGUCCUCUUCUUCGAGUAGCGUCAGAGCUAUGGCAGUCGAGCUUGAUGUGUGCGUCGAUGGACCCACAAUAGAGAAAUCUGUGCAGAGGGCUUGGGAGGCGUUUGGGCGGAUUAAUGCUUUGGUUAACAAUGCCGACAUUAAAGGUUAUUGUUGA